CCCGCUGGAGCAACAGGAACUACCUCUUCCUCUCCCUCUUCCUCUCCCUCCUCCUCUUCCUCCUCCAGGGGUCACAGCAGCCCUGAGCCCGGCUCUAAAAGCAGCCUACAUCACACAGCCUCUCCCUCCUGCUCUCCCUCCUCCUCCUCCUCCUCCUCCUCCCUCUCUCAGUCGCUCUCUCGGAUUCAUUCUGCGCUGUUUGGAGCUGAUAGAAACCACACAGGAGGAAGGUUCCUCUCAGCCAUGCAGAAGGUGGAGGGACAGGUAAACCCGAUCAACCUGCCUUCUUCCAGGGGCCCGAGCACUCCGGGGUCUCCCGCCACCAGCAUCACGGCCAGAGUGAACGACCAGGUGGUGGGUUACAGAGACCUGGCCGCUAUUCCCAGAGAUAAAGCCAUCCUGCAGGUGGAGAGACCCGACCUGAUGACCUACCAACCACACCUGACCUUCUCCCCGCUCGACCAGCCGCGCAGAGAGAGAUCUAUGUCUCCUCCCUCGACGUCUCCUCCCAGGUCUCCUGAGGUGAAGAUAGCGAGCAGAACAGAAAGUGAGAGUGGUUCUCCUGGAGGAUCCACGCUGCAGCUGCAGGCUGUUCGUAAGAUCAGUGCGAGCCAGCAGCACUUCCACAGACCAGAUAAUGGAACCAACAUCUACAGGAAACCUCCGAUCUACAAACAUGAUGUUAAUAAACAUGUGGAAGGCGUCAUUCAGUCAGCAAAGUUUCCAGCAGCUCAGCCUCCAGAUCCCAACCAGCCGUCCAAGAUCGAGACCGAGUACUGGCCCUGCCCACCCUCACUGGCUGCCAUGGAGAUCGAGUGGAAGAAGAAGAAGCUGCAGGAGGAAGAUGAGUUUGAAGACCUGACAGAGGAGGCCAAUACGCUGCAGGAGCAAGAGCUGGAAAAGAUCAAGUCCAACCUGGGUCGUCUCAUCCUGAAGGAAGAAAAGGAAAAGGCUGUUCACUUUCGGAGGAAGACGCAAUCGUUGCCCGACAGAACUCAUAUGCACACCAGUUUAUCAGCAAGUGCAUCGAAGUCUCCUUCACACUCAGGCGUAGGCUUGACCAGAAUGCAGUCUGCAGAGUUUUCCACAGACGGAGAUAAAGGACGGUCAGCUGCUCAGAACGGAGAGGCUCGGAGGGAGAGGAUGGACAGAGGAAACUCUCUGCCGAGUAUCCUGGAGCAGAAGGUGAGAGCUGCUCCAGCUGCACAUCAGCUCAGUUCAUCAAGAUUCACGCACAAUAGAGUUUAGGUCCAGGAUGUGGUUAGCCUAGCUUAGCACAAAGACUGGAAGCAGGGGGAAAGUGCUAGCCUAGCUCCAUAAAAAGAGAAAUUAUGUAUGUGCCUUACAACCAGACAUAAAAUGUAAUUUACACGUUGUAUUAAAGACGUAUAGAGAUACAAACAUACUGAAAUAAAGAGAAAUACAGAGAGAAAUUUAGAGUAAAAGAUUUAACUAAACAUAAUAAAGUUAUAGUUGGUAAAGAUAGAGGGAGGUAUAGGGAGAGAAAUAGAAAUAAAUAUAUAUACAGAGCGAGGUCCUGGACGAGCCCCCAUUUGUCACAAAUUCCACACAAUAAUUAUUAUUAUUAAACCAAGGUCCACACAAAUCAGAAGACACGACAGUGAAACAGGCUGGAUUCAGCUGUAGGAGGGACUGAGUGAACACAGGGACCAGGUUUUACACCUACAGGGACCAGGUUUUAUACCUACAGGGACCAGGUUUAUACCUACAGGGACCAGGUUUUACACCUACAGGGACCAGGUUUUAUACCUACAGGGUUUUAUAUCUACAGGGACCAGGUUUUAUACCUACAGGGACCAGGUUUUACACCUACAGGGACCAGGUUUUAUAUCUACAGGGACCAGGUUUUACACCUACAGGGACCAGGUUUUAUAUCUACAGGGACCAGGUUUUACACCUACAGGGACCAGGUUUUUCACCUACAGGGACCAGGUUUUACAUCUACAGGGACCAGGUUUUAUAUCUACAGGGACCAGGUUUUACACCUACAGGGUUUUACACCUACAGGGACCAGGUUUUUCACCUACGGGGACCAGGUUUUAUACCUACAGGGACCAGGUUUUAUAUCUACAGGGACCAGGUUUUAUACCUACAGGGUUUUACACCUAAAGGGACCAGGUUUUACACCUACAGGGACCAGAUUUUAUAUCUACAGGGACCAGGUUUUAUACCUACAGGGUUUUACACCUACAGGGACCAGGUUUUACACCUACAGGGUUUUAUAUCUACAGGGUUUUACACCUAAAGGGACCAGGUUUUACACCUACAGGGACCAGAUUUUAUAUCUACAGGGACCAGGUUUUAUACCUACAGGGUUUUAUAUCUACAGGGACCAGGUGACCUUCACGUGGGCUUUACUACAGUUAUAUAGACAUAUAUGUGUUUAUGUAUUUAUAUAUAUGGAGACAGUCUGAGCUUAACAUAUAAAACAGAGAUAGAAAUAUAGAAAGAUGUAGAGCUAUAGACAGACAGAUAUAUAGAGAUAAAGAGAUACAAAAAUAUAGAAAUAGAAGAUAUAGAAAAGAUCAUAUAGAUAUAGAGAUAUACAAAGAUAAAUAUAGAGUGAGUGAAACACAUAUAAAGAAAUAUAUAUAUAAAUAUAUAUAUAAAUAUAUAAAGAGAAACAGAUGAAUAAAUAAUGAAUAUAUUUAUUGAUAUAUAUAAAUGUCCACACACACAAGCCCUUUUUGUGGUUUACAGACUAUUUAUUGAUCAACUGAAUCAGACAUAAAAUGUUUGAACCAGAUAACAUUAUUUGUAUAUGAAGGUAUAAACCUGUGAAAACGUUUAAUCUCCAUCAGCUGGAGACAUUAUGUAAUAGGUUAUUGAUCUGUAUGAGGUUGAUAUAUUGUGCUGUUGGAUUUAUAUCUGCGACUGAUUGAUUUAUUGAUUAAUGUGUCUGAUUUCAUUCAUUCUUUUAUACAGUUUGUGUUGUUGGAUUGAAGCGUAUUAAAAAGUGUUUGUUAUCAUUGUUUUAAACAGAAUACAAAUAUUAGACAGAAAAUGGAAAUAUGAAAGAAAAUUCUUAAUAUAUUCAAAUAAUACUUGUAAUUUUACCUGUUGAGUUUAUUCAUAUAUUAUAUUAUAUUAUAUAUUAUCUCUGUCUGCUGUUCAGAUCUAUCCCUAUGAAGCACUGAUUGUGACCCACAGAGGGCGCUGUAAGCUGCCACCAGGAGUCGACCGCACUCGACUGGAGAGGCACCUGUCCCCGGAGGAGUUCCAGCAGCUGUUCGGGAUGCCGAUCGGAGAGUUUGAUCGACUCUCUUUGUGGAAACGAAAUGAACUGAAGAAGAAAGUCUCACUUUUCUAACAGGAAGUGACCUCAUUCCCCCUCGAAAUACUUGAUGAACCAAUCAGAGGAGAGAACAAAUAUCAACAAACCUCCAUCUUACUAACCAAUCACGUCCCUGGAUGUGUCAGCCCCCCCCUUUAUACUAACUGAUGCACUGACACUUAUAACCACCACUGCUUGCAAAUCAUCCUCAUCAUGUGUCCACUCACCAUCACCACCAUCAUCAUCAUCAUCAUCACCAUCACCAUCAUCAUCACCAUCAUCAUCAUCAUCAUCACCAUCACCAUCCUCAUCGCCAUGGUUACGUUCUGUUCCACUGAGCCCCACAGGGCUGAAUCAGGAAGUGAGAUUAGCCUGUUAGCAGCUGUCGAACUCUUCUGGUAUCAUGAAGCUGGUUAACUGUGGUAGGUCACCGUGGUAACGGGGGUGGGUCACCGUGGUAACGGGGGUGGGUCACCGUGGUAACCCUACGAUGCAGGGCUAACGAUCAGCAGUCAACUACUGACCAAUCAGAUGAUUGAUGAGGUCAAUAUUGUUAAUAUGUUAAUAGAUCAAUGAUCUUAUCAGACUGAUGAAAGGUGAUUGUUAUUGUUAUUAUUGCUGCGUAUUGAUCCCGUUCAGUUGAUAAGCUAACUUUUGUAGCCGUGCUAGCAGCCAUGCUAACAGCUGUGUGAGGCUGCUUUGAGCUAAAUGCUAACAUGCUAAUGUUUGUUGUAAUAAUGUUACCUUCUUAGUUUAGCAUCUUAGCAUGCUAACGAUUGCUAAUUAACACUAAAGUACAACUGAGGUUGAUCAGAUAUUUGAUAUAUUUAAUAAUAAUUAAAUUACUCACAUGACCCCGGUGUGGGCGGGGCCUUAAACCAAAAUGGGCGGGGCUAACUGGAAGUUAUUUAUUAGUUAAAUUAUUAAUUUAUUAAUUGAUAAUUGUUGAUGAAAAGUUGCUGUUUAUUAAAAAACUAUUUACAGAACAGCCUCAGAAAUAACCAUCUUCAAAAUGUGGUUGUCCUUUCAGCAUAGAUUAGCUUAGCAUAUAGCAUACUGACCGAGGCUCGCUCAGCUGUGAUUGGAGCAAAGAGCAAAAAGGGGGCGGGGCUUAUGAAGGGUUAACUGACCUUCAGAAUAAUGUUUUUAAUGAUGAAAAGUCACAUUUUUCCACGAUCCAUCCGAUCGAUAUUUCAGUCUGGAACAAGAUGGAGGACCGACUUCAGCCAACAAACAUACAAACAUACAAACAUAUAAACAUACAAACAUAUAAACAUAUAAACAUAUAAACAUACAAACAUACAAACAUAUAAACAUAUAAACAUACAAACAUAUAAACAUAUAAACAUACAACGAACUGAAUCACAUGAUCAGCAGUCGUUUCAGCUGCUCACAGACUUCCUGAUUCGGUCCUCUGAGGUGUUUCUGCUUUAAACUUGAAUGACAGCUGAUUAAUGUGAGGUAUUAAACAUGUAACAGAUUGUAAUUUAUAUUUAUGAUGGGACGAUUUUUAUUUGUGAUUUUUUUUAUUCCACAGGUUUGUUUGCUACUGUUUUAUUUUGAAAAUCUGAUUUUUUUUUUGCUGUACAGUUGUUUUUUUUUAUGAGCACCAACUGAUGACUUUAACAUUUCACCCACAUACCGACAUCUUAAAGGAGCAGUUCGUACUAAUCAACAUGGUAGCGUCUGUAUUGGAUCGCCGUCUUCACGCUCAGUGUCCGUUCUUCAUGCUUUCUUCUGGUCAACGCCUCCAACGCCUCCAACGCCAUCCUCCUCUUUGUUUCUGUCUACGUUGUAAAGGAGUCAAAUAAAUCAGAGAGAAAAACAGAA